CUUUAGUCUCGCCCGCCCUCUCGACACUCCACCCGAGAUUCAACUUUUGCCGCUUCCUCCCAACUGACUGGCGCUGGUGUCCGUCACGGAACUCUGCUACGAUAUCAUUUCCUUUCUAUAUAUUAUUUACAUUAUUUAUGGUUGGAUUUUGUCCAUAUCGGCAGUCAGCAACAUGGAUUUCGCGGCGUUAAUGUCCAAGGAGAUCUCCAAAGCCAAAAACGGCGGAUCGUCAUCAGAAGACAAAAAAGAUACAUCGAAACCUCCGGAGAAGAAAUACAUUCGCCGUAGCGAAUUAGAAGCAGCUCGAAUUGCCGCCUACAAUGAAGAGCAGGAGCGGGCGCAACGCGAACGAGAAGAGCGCAUGGCUCAGAAGCGCAAACUGGACGAGGAAGAGGCCGAACGGCGCCAGGAGCGAGAAGAGAAAAAGCGACGACUAGCAGAAGAGUCACGGAAGAAGAGAGAAGAAGAAGAGGCGGCCAAGGAGCGAGAGCGACGGAAGCGGUUGGGAUUGCCUGAGUUGCCCCCUGCCAGUGAAAAGGAUGAGGACAACGACAAGGAUGACGAGGAAGACAUCCCGGACGAGGAACUGCUUGCGAAGUUGCGUGAGCUGGACGAACCGGCUCGGUUGUUUGGAGAGACACAUCGCGGUCGUUUACGGCGGUAUCAGCGACUCACACAGCGUUCGCUCACCCCUCAGCAACAAUUGUCUGAUGGGCCUAUUCCCACGACGUUAGAACUGGUCUCUGAGAAGGAUAUGAAGAUUUCUACGACACUUCCUAAGGAUACAGAAGGCCGCAAGUAUCUGUUCCGCCAGCUGGCUUCGUAUUUCAACAUGGUGCUAGGGGAAUGGGAGCUUGCAUUGGCGAAGCGAGAUAUAUCUGUCAAGCAAAGCCACCAGGGACGACAGGCCUACAAUGCGAUGGUCCAGUCGAGGGAGAAUAUGAAGCCGCUGUUCCGAAAGUUCGAGAAGGUGGAUGUUGAUGAUAGCGUCCUGGAGCAUGUUGUCGAAAUCGUCCACAAGGCCCAGCUGCGGAGAUAUGUAGAUGCAAACGAUGCCUAUCUACGAUUGAGUAUUGGAAAGGCAGCAUGGCCCAUUGGUGUUACCAUGGUUGGUAUCCACGAGCGAUCAGCCCGAGAAAAGCUACACCAGAGCGACCAGCAGGCCCAUAUUCUAAGUGACGAAAUCACUCGCAAGUACCUGCAAAGCAUUAAACGAUGCUUGAGCUUUGCGCAAACUCGGUGGCCUCCAGACGAUCAGCUCCAGAUCAUGGGUUAGAUGCCCGACCUUGGCGAGUAGUUAGUGUACAAUAAUGAUGAUGAGAUUAUAUACCCUGUUGCACGUAUACAUCGCAUAGCUUUUGUGAACAUCUGUGGCCUUUGAGG